AUGAGUUCGAAAAGAGAGAAAAAUGUUGGUGAAUUUAUUGGAACUGCAUUUGUUUCGUAUUUGGCAACAAAUAUUGAUGAUUUGGUUAUUUUAAUGAACUUUUUUACUGAAGCAUCAUUAUCAAAUUCAUCAUUGAAAAUUCAACACAUAUUUCUUGGUCAAUAUUUAGGAUUUCUUCUUCUAUUAGGAAUUAGUCUUAUUGGAUAUGGAAUAUCAUAUGCUCUACCUGUAGAAAUGCUCGGAUUUCUUGGUUUUAUUCCAAUUGUUUUAGGUUUGAAAAGUUUAAUCGAAAUUAUUCGAGAACUUUAUAAAAAAAGUGAUGAAAAUCUCGAUGAUAUUCUUCCAAAUGACGACAUAUCAACAAUUGAACUUGAAACAAUUCGAUAUCGUCGUGAUACAAAUGAAGAAAUAUCUUCUGAGAUUAUCAAUCAAUCAUCUGAAUUUCCAUCAAUUGUUAAUCCAUCAUCAAGAAAAUCUCAUUGGAAAAAGCAACUUCUAAAUAUUUUCUCUUUUUGUUUUAAUAUUCAAACAUUAAAAAUUGCGAGUAUAACAAUUGCAAAUAGUGGUGAUAAUGUCGCUAUUUAUACACCUUUAUUCGCUCAAGCAUCAACUUGGCAAAUAGUUGUUUAUAUGGCGAUAUUUCUCGUCAUGGUCUUUGUUUGGUUAAUGUUCUCGUAUUUAUUUAUUAAUUUUCGACCAAUUUUAUCAAUUGCACAAGAAUAUGCAGAAUAUCUCGUUCCGAUUGUUUUUAUUGGAAUUGGAAUUUAUAUAAUCAUUACAUCGGAUUGUUUUCCUUGGUUAGAUCGAGCGAUUCGAACUAAAAAUUUUCAAAAUGGUUAA